CAUGCCUGGGGCAACUGUGGCGCCAAUUGGGCUGGAGCGGCGACGGCUCCCGCGCGCGGCGACCCACCGGACACCGUCGCGGAGCCCGCAACGGAGCCCUGCCAAGAGCAAAACCGAUUCGCGGCGCAUCGACGGCGACGGCAACUGGGGACACUCGGCGACCGUGGCGCCGCUGCGCCUGCCCGAGGUGUCCAAGCCACCGAAUCCAAACGGCCACGAAAUGCGGCGCAGGCCGUCGCGGCUCAACGAGACCGAGCGGCGCGGGCUGACGCGAAAAGAUAUCUAUGACGGGCUCCGGGUCCGCGACCCGACAUCGCGGUGGCAGCCCGGCGACCGCGUCUACGCCAAAGUCACCACCGCCUCCGAGUUUUCGCCGGGGCACAUUCAAAAGAUCGUCGCGCCUCGGGUGUACAUGGUUGUCUUUGACGAUGCAACGAUCGUCGAUGAGAUUUACGAGACCGACAUCGACACCGAUCGACGUCCCGGCGAGAUGAUGGGCGACGACGCGGCGGACGGGGGUGUAGCACCGAUCGACGCUCCCGCCGACGAAUCGACCGAGAGCGAAGUGGUGUUUGUAGCAGCGGUCGCGAAUGGCCCGACGUUGGAGCUUCUCAGUCAACUGCAACCGUUCUUGAACGCCACCCGACCACGCGAGCUGUCGUCCCAAGUCAGUUGCACGUCGUCCCAGCUCUACCCGUCCGGCGACUACUCGUCAAGCCUCGAGAUGCCCAUGGCUGAGAUCCUCGUGCUGGACAUGGCCAAGAAGCAGGAAGAGCGGCUUCGCCUCGUGCACAACCGGCUCGAAGAGGUCAAGGCGCGCCUCCGGUCGCUGGCUCCCUCCCUCUUAAUGAAGCGCCAGACGCUGGCUAAAGGCGCCGUUGUCAUGGUCACGUCGUCGCCGUGCUUUUUUGGGAAGCUUGAGAGCAUCCACGCGGAAGCCAACACUUGUGAAAUCAGCAGUCUGGUGACACCAACGUCCGACGUCCGGACCACUGUCGGACUCCACGAGAUCAAGGUCGUGCACGUCGCGAGGGAGCUCGUGGCCCAGCACCAAGAGCUCAGCAAGCAAGUCGACUGUUUCUAUCCCGGCGCCCGCGUUCUCUUUAUGCAGGGAGAGGACGGGCAGCAUUUACAAGCUGGUGUGAUCAUUCGGCGGCUCUCGCCGACCGAGUGUCAACUCCUGCUCGAGAAGACCAAAACCACCGUCGACCACGUGCAUAUUCAUCAGCUCAUUGCUGUGACAACGGAUCAAGACAAUACCCCUAACACGCCCCUGGAGCGGCUGCUCAAGGUCGUCGUCGGUGCGCUCGAGUUUACCAUUCACGAGCAGGUGACCAUCCAAGAUUUGGAAGCGGGCACGUCGGUCCACGGCAUCAUUGCCGAAAUCAGCACCUUGCAGACCGUCAUCAUCGAGUUUGACACUGGCGAAGUCCUACCGGGUGUCCCGACCUCGUGCUUGCGGAAAUACGCCAACCAUCACGAUGCGAGCCGCGCGUUUCAAGCCAAUGGUCUCAGCGCUGCCUUUGGCUUGGACAAAGCACCCGAGUUCCGCGCGCUGGACGAGUGGGUCAUCGCCAAGCACCCGCAGAGCAACUUGCCGGAGCGCUGCCGCGUCGUCGGCAUCCAUAGCCAUUCGUACGACCUGCAGUUCGCCGACAGCGUUGUCGCGUCGCGUAUCGACACGAGUCUCGUGCUGUCGACGUCGAUGACCUCGAUCCCGACAAAGCCUCAAGCGUUUGCACUGCACGACCAUGUGCUCGCCAUGAGCCCGCGCUUUCGCCGGGUCUGCUCCGGUCAAGUCGCCGAUGUCCACAGUGCGACGCCAGCAACGUACACGAUUGUAUUUGACUACGGCGAGACGUACACGGGUGUCCCCCACGACGAUGUCCACGUCCUGGAAAACACCUCGGUACUCUCACCUCGGAAACGACUGACCAACUUGUGGCGAAGUGUCAACGGUCUCGACGCGAUGGAAGAAAUGACAACAUCGUACGCGUGUCAUGGCGACCUCAUGCUGCACAAGAUGCUCUGCGCUACGAAAAAGCGAGCGACGAGUCAAGUGCAUGCGGGCGACGCCGUCCUCGCGUCGUUCCACCAGUCGCACAAGUAUUUUCUCGGGGUCGUUCGAGCACUCCACAACGACGGCGACGACCCGACCGUUGACAUUCAGUUCGCAUCGACGCUCGACGUUUCCAACGUGCCGUUGCGCAAGGUGUUUGCCGUCGGCCUGUCGAUGCCCCACGCCUACGCAUCCGGCGCGAACGCAAGCGCUAAAGCACCAAACGAGUCAGAUUUGAUGGACCGGCGACUCAUGGCCGCGCUGUUUACGACCACGUCGUCGCGCCGUGAAGGCGCACCGGUGUCACCGCCCCCGCGCCGACCGGCGCCGACGUUCUUUGGCCGCGUGUGCGCCUUUCUAAGAGGCCCGUGGGGACUUGGUAAAAAAUAAUGCUGUGGCCAAAAUCCA